GAAACAGCUGUCAUAAGAAUUUGUCUCAACUGGAUUUAAAAACAUAAAUAUCGUUAAAGUACUUGUAAAUAGUGAAGUAUUUCAUGAAUGAAGAAAUUAUGAUUGAUAUUUUGCAGGAUUACAAUUUUUGCUGAGGGAUUAAGUGAUCAAUUCAGUACCUGACCUUACCUUUUCAACUUACAGAUUUGUAUAGUUGAACAAUUGAUGGAACUGGAUGCACUGUUGAUAAAUAAACACAGGUAGACACCAGCUACCAAAGUACAGUGAAGACUUUAUAUUUUGUACAGUAAAUAAAUAUUGAUCACAUAAAGGCUUGUCGGACAUUAAAUCACCAAAGAUAAGAGAAGAUUUUUUAUCAUCUGUAUGUGCUGAUAUGACAAGAAGUUUGAGUGACUUUACAGGUAGGCAGAUGUCAAUGAACAGAGAAAAAUGAAGAAAUUACAGCUGUCCAAGUGCCUAGGACAUGUGAUAUUACGUUUAAUACUUCUAUUAUUUUGGAGUUGCAAGGGCCUAGCUCAGAGCUCAUCAUCAUUAUUUUCAUCAACACCAUCAUCAGUAUCAUCUAUAGUUUCAUCUUCACCAGACAUAUUGCCUUCUUCAUGGACCUUUGUUGGGAAAGGAUAUAUAGCAGUGUAUCCAGCAAUAUUUUCAAAUCAAAAUCCAGAUUACAAAUUAUCAUUCCGGACAAGAAACUCAAAUGCAGUUAUUUUUUGUCACAUUCUAAAGGAAUUAAAAGAAACCAAGCAUUUAUCAGUGGGAACCUAUGAAUUUUGUGGCGAAUUACAUAAAGGAUCUUUAAAAAUUACAUACAAAUUAAAUGGAAAUACAGAUACUUUUUACAUAGGAAAAGCAUUAAAUGAUGAUAAAUGGCAUUCAUUAGAAGUGCAACUCCUGACCUCUGGUGACCUUAUUGUGACCUUAGAUGAUGAGCCUUUAAGUAAUCCAGUAUCAGUAUUAGAUUGGAAUACAUUAUCAUCAGUCAUAUUAUUUGGAGGAAAAGGCACUGAAUCUCAAGAUCAUCUCUAUAGUGGAUGUUUAAAGAAUCUCCAAAUCUUAGACGGCAAUGGGACAUACAACAAUAUAAACAAGCCUGAAGUGAUGGGUAAAGUGGAGACAGGAUGCCAGGAUAAAUGUUUAACAGGGAACCAGUGUAAUGCUGAAACACCAUGUAUUAAUUUCUACUCCCAUGUUAAAUGUGACUGUUUUGGUACUAAUUUGCAGGGACCAUUCUGUAAUCAGUCAGGUUCUACCAAAAUCACACUAAGAGGCUAUGAAUGGAUUACCUAUCAACUUUAUGAUAAACCAAGUGACAGGGUCUUUUCAGACAAAAAUAAAUUCAGUUUACAGUUUAGGUCAGAUAGAGGCUCAGGUGUCCUGAUAUAUGCCGUUGGUACCUACCCACAUGACAGUCAUGUGAUUGCUUCAGUUCAUGAAGGAGUGGUUACAGCCUCAGUUGGAUUCCAGCAGGAUGUCACAUUAGAAGCUAACCUUGGUAUUGCUACAGAUGACUUUAGGCAGAAGGAAGGAUGGCAUAACUUGACCAUUGUCCACAACAAGAAUACAGUUACAUUUAUCCUGGAUGAAGAGGUGACGGUCAGGACAACUGAAUCCAGUAAUUACUACCUCAGUCUUGAUUCAAAAAUCUUCUUUGGUGGAGGCAAUAAUUUUGUCAUAACAAAAGGCUUACAAGUUACACAGAAUUUUGUUGGUUGUUUGAAGAAUGUUUAUGUUGACGAUGUUUCUUUAGUCUAUGAGAUGAAGCAUGGGAAUGACAGAGUUAUCCACAGCGGUGGUCAUAAACCUUAUUAUGGUUGUCACAAGACAGAAGACAUUCCUAUAUCAUUUCCCAAGUCUGGAACCAUGAUUGUACUAGAUACACCAUCUAAUACAGACUUACAAGUAGAGUUUGGCUUCCGCACGGUCCGUGAUGUUGCCAUUAUAUUUUAUGCACAGACUAUUUCAACCUUAGGAUAUGGCAUUGGUUUCUUUGAGAUAUGGAUUAGACACCACCAAGUUAUUUUACAACUAGAACCAUCUACUAGGAAUCCUGAUCUAUCAAAACACAUUGUCAUUGAUCAUGUUGUCAAUGACAACAAAUGGCAUACUCUACAUCUCCAUUUCACUGAUAGGUUUACCAAAAUAAAGAUAGAUGAUAGAUCUAACCAGAUAAAUCACACAGAUCUACUGGAGUUAACAGGAGAAAUGGUGAUUGGACAUGGACCUAGGCUAGCCUAUGAUGCCAAUGAUGGAUUUGUUGGUUGUAUAAGGAAUCUAGCUAUACAAGACAAGGUAAAGGAUGCUAUCAACUUACUGCAAACAAAUUCAGCAGUGUAUGGUGUAAUACUGGAUGGUUGUCACCUAGUACCCUACUGUGAAGGUGGCCCUCAUUGUGAACAUGGUGGUAAAUGUUUGUCAAACUGGGAUGGAGUUGCAUGUGAUUGUUCUGACACUGCAUAUGAAGGACAUGCAUGUCAUUUUGCAAAAUACAGAAGAUCUUGUGACGAUUACUACCAAGCUGGUUAUAAACAGUCUGGAGCAUACCAGAUUGAUUUGGACAGUACUGGUCCCCUUCAACCUGUUUAUGUUUGGUGUGAGAUGGAGUACCAGUAUCAAGGAGAAAAAUAUGGCAUGACUAAAAUAGAUCAUAAUUUUAUACCAGAUACACGGGUCAGAGGCAAAGGAUUGUAUGAUAUGAGAAAAUUAUUAUCAUAUAGAGAAAUGACAAGACAAGAACUAGUAGAGUUAACAGAAUCAUCUAUUUGGUGUGAACAGUUAGUGGAUUAUGAUUGUUACAGAGCUCCAUUAGAACUAGGGAAAUCUACAAUAUUUCAAUCAGCGAGAGGUGAAAUAUUAGAACUUCGUUAUAAUACUGAUGCUGACAGCUUAUGUUCCUGUAGAAAGGGAACCUGUCCUCAGAAUAGAUGUCAAUGUGAUAAAGGUCAUGCCCAGUGGGAAAAAGACAGUGGAUACAUUAGAUAUAAACAGCAUUUACCGAUUACUGAGUUGAGGAUAUACCAGUCAAAGUCUCCAGCACCACAGACCAGUGCCAACUUAAGUUUGGGUCCUCUUAAAUGCUGGGGAGAAGCUCUCAGUAAAGUUGCUAAUGCAGUGACCUUUAAAAGGUCAUCUGCUUAUCUACACCUCAGAUCCCCAUGGAGAUCCUCAAACCUACAGUUUAUGUUUAGAACUCACCAGACUACAGCUUUGUUGUUAAACCAAACCCAUACAUCAGACAACUCCAACAGUUUGGUUAUAGCUCUUAUAUCAGAGAAAGCUGUGCAAUUUUCCGUCAGAAUCAACAACAAAACACUUGAAGAUAUAAUACAGUUUGAUAUGACUAUCGGUGAUGGGAAAUGGCAUUAUGUUGCCAUAGAAAUGGAUACACAUAAUAUAAGAUAUACUGUUGAUGUGAAGAGACAAAUAUUAGAUAUGCCUGGUAAACAGAUACCUAGUUUCAACGGUAGUUUGUAUGUUGGAGGCUACAUCAACGAGAAUGUCAUGCCAGGACUUAAAGGUUGUUUGAGAGGGUUCCAUUAUAAUGAAAAGGAUAUAGAUCUAUCUAAAAUGACUGAUCCAAGUAUACCAGAAGUGAGUGCUGGUUGUACAGCAUCAUGUGAGAGUAAACCAUGUCAGAACCAAGCCAAAUGUAUAGAACACUGGGGCAGUUAUACAUGUAUCUGUACCAAUAAAUGGGCUCACUGGGGAGAUAGCUGUGAACGAAACAUAAAUAAAGACCAAAUAUCAUUUGACGGAACUGCUACGUCAUUUUUGGACCUGGAAGGAUUCAAGGGAGAUAAUUUGUUAGAUUCUACCAUAAUCCUCAGCUUUAGAACUUACGACAGCAGAGCCAUACUACUUUAUAUCCAUGAUGCAAUGAAUAACUUCCUUCAGCUGGAACUAGAGAAAGGAGACAGACUUAAACUGAGUUUUAAUCAUUUUAAAACUAUUGUAUCUGAGUCUCUUAUUUAUAAUAGUUUCAAUGAUGGAGAAUGGAAACAGAUUGUAAUUCAAGAACGGAUAAAUAAAAAUAAUUUAGCUGUGACCAAAAUGUUUGUCAACUCCCCAGAUAAUAUGGUUAUAGUACCGUACAGUCGCCUCAAAUUACCAACAUAUUCUUCAGCUCCAUUUAAAAGAUAUGAAACUGUAAGACCACCAAGAUCACCGGGUGUAACCAAUACAUACAUGAGUGAAUACUAUCGAUUGUUUGUUGGUGGUACUCUGGAAAAUACAUCUGAUAUAAAUCAAUUAUCAGGUUGCAUCAGAGGAUUGAAAAUUGGAGAUAAAGUCUUCUCCUUACAACAAGAGGCUCACCAUAACCCAGCUGUGGCUGCCAUGUGUGGGAGUGGAUGUUCUUCAAGUCCAUGUAAACAUAAUGGUAAAUGUAUAGAGAAAUGGGACCAUAAUAAGUUUUAUUGUGACUGUGCAAAGACAAAUUAUGCAGGAGAUCAAUGCCAAAUGGAGGCUUCAGGAAAUUUUAGUGGCAAUGCAGUUUUGGAAUACAGCUUUGAGUUACUUAGGAAUGCUCGAUUUACAACUAGUGAGAAUUUAUCCCUGUCCUUCCAGACCAGUGCCGUAGUGGGGAAGAAACAGGUUGUCUUGGCUGUUAUAAUGAGUUCAAAACAUCCAGAUCAUGAUCUUUUAUUGUUUGUGUUAACUGCUGAUGGUGUUAUGGUCAAGCAUUAUCAGAAUAGACUUAAUUAUGGUUUAAGGGUAGAGGGCAAAUUUGCUGAUGGAAAACCACAUAAAUUACAGUACUGGAGGUCAGGAGAUGAAAUGUUACUAACGGGUAACAGAACUUUGAUUCUUGAUGAUGUUCGGAAGAUGACAGUACCAAAUAUCCGGAAUCCAUUGGAUGACCUUGAUGUCAUGAUGCUUGGUGGAGUGGUACUACACAAACUAAAAAGCGAUAUAGAAAAUAAAGACAAGUUUGUUAAUUUCACAGGAUGUAUCUCUGAAGUAUUGUUUACACCAGUGGAAAAUGAACCAUACAUUAUCAACCCAUUAAAAGAAUUGAGAAGUUUUGCUAAUCAAUCUAUUAUCAUACAUGGAGAUGACAUUGACGGCUGUUCUUUAGAUACUGAUGCUGACCAACACAUGACAACUGAUUCAACAUAUACUACAGAUUCCGAAACAGAUCAGGAUAGAACAAUGCCACCUUGGAAUCCUGGUCCAGCAGAAACUAUUUAUCUGAAUGCUCCACCAUCGACAACCACUAUGAAGACCACAAUACUACCAACACCAAAACCAACCAUACCAACCAUUCCUAAAACUCCUGUAUCAACUACAGACAGGCUUAAUGUAUCAAAAUCCUCUAUUGGUCACACUAAAAUUGGGGGAACGGCUACAGAUCUGGAAAUUAUGAUUGCCUUGGCAAUAAUUUGUGGUUUGAUGUUGAUAUCUGUCCUAAUUGCAUUGUUCCUGUGUAAGAAGCGAAAACAUGAACGCUAUGUUAUGAAGAAGGUACCUCCAGAUGACCUUGAACUCAAAGUACCUCUAAACCACACCUCUAGUCCUCCACCUAGUCAAAAACCUUAUGAUCAUAUAGCCAGACUGGAUGAGUUCAGCAUGAUCUCUGCAACAUUAGGACCUGCUAAGAGAAGAAAAGAAAACGGAGUUGGUCCUGGAACUGAGCCAUUAUUAAAUGAUAGUGACCUGUCUCCAGGAGAGUACCCUGUACAGUCUACAUUUUAUAACAAGAAGAAAAAUAGACCAGCCUCCUCAAUAUCUGAAGUUUUAGAGGAAAUAGAAAGACAGAAGAGAGAAAAGGAUUGUGAUGAAAAUUCAGGACCAGAUGAAGAAGCAAAGGAUAAACAAGGAGGAGAUUUAGAAUGGGAUCCAUCAAAUGACAGGACACCUUUAACAUCAGUUCCACCGUUUGAUACUAUAUCGGAGGAUUUUAUUUAUCAAAUGUUACCCUCACCUAUUUUGAGUGUUAUGGAUGACAUUGAGGAGCUGUCCCUUGAGAGUGCUAGCACGUUUGGUACUCUCGGUAGCAUGAAGAAACAAGAAGAAGAUGGUUCUGAGGCUGAUCCUUUACAAGUACUAGAACAACAGAAAGAAUUAACGAUGGAAGGCAAUGGCGACAGUGGUUACGAGGCAGAAUCACGAAAAGAUCCUGAUGAUGAAAUUAUCAAUAUUACACCACCUUCUCCUAAUAAAAUGUACAUGUAUGACAUUUCAGGACAAAAUACUAACAACUGGACUUCAACGCCUAAUCGUAAAUUAUUGGAGUAUGAAGAAUCGGGUACUUAGAGGAGGUGUAUCUGGUUGCUAGGGGAACAACUUAUAAAAUAUAUACACGAUUGUGCUCUCCAUGGCUGGCUUUGUUAAUGCUUUUAUGAUCAGAGUAGAAGAGUCAAAAGGAAAAUCUUUGGAGCUGUACAUGUUUAUAUAAGGGAGCUAACUCUUUAUGUUUGCCUGAUGUAUUAUGUUGUGUGAUUGACUGCUGAAUAUGGAAUAUAAGUCAUUUGAUUCAGAUCCAUUAUGUUCUGCAAUAUAUGUUUCUUUUUAUUAUGAUUCAAUUGCAUUAAUUUCAAAUCUUUCUCUAUAUUUUUAUAUGAACUAAAAGUCAACAGAAUGCAACAUUUAAACAAAAAAAAUGUUUAAAAUACUUAAUGUUUCAAAGGCAGCUACCAUAGUGCAUUCUAAAUACUGAGGCCAGUACAGGGUAAAGUGACUAAUUCUUAAAUGUGGAGGCAGAUAAAGCAGCAUCUAUUUAUAUGAAUUGUGAUAUAUUUUGCUUGCUGGAAAUUAGAUGUAUUAAAAAAAACUACUGUUGUAAUGCAACAAAAUGCAUUUUGAUAUUUGCUAUGAUUAAAGGAAGAUAUAGGGUAUUGACAAUGAAACAACUAUUCACCAAAAAAAAAACAAAACACAAAGAUAUAAAGAAAGAAAACCAUUCACAAGAUUCUUGAUUAGGACAAUCACAUUAAGAUUUUGGACUGGAUAAACUUGUUUUAACUUGUUUAAGAUUAUAUAGCCCUUCUCUUUUUUGUCGCGGCCAAUGGAAUAGCAGACGGAACAGAAAAAAAAUACAAUUAAAAUCGGUUAAGAUAAAUGCUUUAUCUUUAUCAAAGAAUGCUUGCAUUUACUGAGAGCAAGCUCAAAGCAUUUAUUCUUCUAAUAUAGAAAUCAUGCCUCCUCACACUCUGAGCUGGUUACCUGUCUAUAAGGUAUUUAUAGAUGAAGUUCACUUGUUCAUAGGUUGAGUGUUGGAAAAUAUGCAUUAAUGUUGUUAUUGUGUACCUCUUGUUUGCAUUAAAUGCAAUUCCUGAGUAUUUCACAUUUUAUUUUUAUUGAUUUUACAUAAUUUAUUGUUGUUACCAUCGUAAUCUAUUUUGCAUAAUGACACAUUGUUACAAUUUUCACUUAUUGCAAUUUACUUUGAUUUUACAACUAUGAAAUAAUGUACAAGUAUAUUUAUAAAUUCUUCAAUCUG